GAAGCGGAGUAGGAAGCGGCCGCGAUGUCCUUUUGUGUCCUACAAGCCGCCGGCGGCGCCGCCAAGUGAGGGGACGCGGCGCGGCGGCCCGGCCCGAGGAGGCGGCCCCGGCUCACCCGGCGCUCCGGGCCGCCCGGCCCCCAUGCCCGCCCGCCCGCCCCGCCGGAGCCCCAGGUGACCAGCGCCAUGUCCAGCCAGGUGGUGGGCAUCGAGCCGCUCUACAUCAAGGCGGAGCCUGCCAGCCCCGACAGCCCCAAGGGGUCCUCGGAGACCGAGACCGAGCCCUCGGUGGCCCUGGCCCCCGGCCCAGCUCCCAGCCGUUGCCACCCUGGCCACAAGGAGGAGGAGGACGGGGAGGGGGCUGGGCCCGGGGAGCAGGGCGGGGGGAAGCUCGUGCUCAGCUCCCUGCCCAAGCGUCUGUGCCUGGUCUGCGGGGACGUGGCCUCCGGCUACCACUACGGCGUGGCCUCCUGCGAGGCCUGCAAGGCUUUCUUCAAGAGGACCAUCCAGGGGAGCAUCGAGUACAGCUGUCCGGCCUCCAAUGAGUGUGAGAUCACCAAGCGGAGACGCAAGGCCUGCCAGGCCUGCCGCUUCACCAAGUGCCUGCGGGUGGGCAUGCUCAAGGAGGGGGUGCGUCUGGACCGCGUCCGAGGCGGGCGGCAGAAAUACAAGCGGCGACCAGAGGUGGACCCACUGCCCUUCCCGGGACCUUUCCCCGCCGGACCCCUGGCCGUGGCUGGAGGCCCUCGGAAAACGGCCGCCCCAGUGAAUGCGCUGGUGUCCCACCUGCUGGUGGUGGAGCCAGAGAAGCUGUAUGCCAUGCCUGACCCUGCCGGCCCCGACAACCACCUCCCCGCCGUGGCCACCCUCUGUGACCUGUUUGACCGAGAGAUUGUGGUCACCAUCAGCUGGGCCAAGAGCAUCCCAGGCUUCUCGUCCCUGUCGCUGUCAGACCAGAUGUCCGUGCUGCAGAGCGUGUGGAUGGAGGUGCUGGUGCUGGGUGUGGCACAGCGCUCCUUACCGCUGCAGGACGAGCUGGCCUUCGCGGAGGAUCUGGUCCUGGACGAAGAGGGAGCUCGGGCAGCCGGCCUGGGGGAGCUGGGGGCCGCCCUGCUGCAGCUGGUGCGGCGGCUGCAGGCGCUGAGACUGGAGCGGGAGGAGUACGUGCUGCUGAAGGCCUUGGCCCUGGCCAACUCAGACUCGGUGCACAUCGAAGACGCCGAGGCGGUAGAGCAGCUGCGGGAAGCUCUGCACGAGGCCCUGCUGGAGUACGAGGCGGGCCGGGCAGGCCCCGGCGGCGGCGCGGAGCGGCGGCGGGCGGGCAGGCUGCUGCUCACGCUGCCGCUCCUCCGCCAGACGGCGGGCAAAGUGCUGGCCCAUUUCUACGGGGUGAAGCUGGAGGGCAAGGUGCCCAUGCACAAGCUCUUCUUGGAGAUGCUUGAGGCCAUGAUGGACUGAGACAAGGGGUGGGCACGGGUGGGGGUGCUGGCAGGUCCCGCCCAGCAUGAGGGUCAGCCCUGACAGGGCAGAGCUGGGGCCUGGGCAGUGCCACAGCCUGCUGUCAGGGCCGGGACCCAACACCAUCAAUUCCUGGGAGUGGGCCCUAUGCCCUCCCCUCCCCCUCUCCUCCAGGGGGUGUUGGAAGCUGGGAAUGUGUGUGCCCAGGUUCUGGGCACAGUGCUGCCCCUUGCAAGCCAUAACAUGCCCCCCAAGAGUGUAGGGGGCCUUGCGGAAGCCAUAGGGGGCUGCAGGGGACACACGGGGCAGAGCUGGGGCAGAGGGGCUGAAGCCUGAUCUCAGGGAGGGAAGGGAGUGGAGGCCGUCGUCUCCCAGUGGGCGAUGCUUUUGCUGCUGCUUAUUCCGCCCCCCCCUCCAGAGCAGAGGGGGGUUUGGAGAGCAAAGGCCCCCCUCGCUCCUCUCCUCACUUGCAUUGGGCAUUACCGCCCCCCUUGAAGCAAUAACUCCCAGCAGGCUCCAGCCCCUGGACCCCUGGGGUGGCCAGGGCCCCCCUACCCCCACCAGCUCCCACCCAGCCUCCUCGGGGAGGGAGAGCACUGCCUCUAUGCCCUGCAGAGCAAUAACACUAUAUUUAUUU